AUUGGGCCCCAAAAAAAUGUCACUUGGCGGCGCUGCGCCUAUAUUACGCGUAUAGUACGGACGGGAGAUUCAUGAAUGUCAAUGUCAUUCUUUGAGCUCGAUGACAAACUGCAUUGCAAUAUUUUUACGUCUAAGACUAGAGAACUUAGACCUAACAAGUAACAGUUAGGCUUACUCGGAUUUAUUGACUGGGUACUCGGAAUGUACCUUGCUAUAUGGUCCUACAGAUUCUAGCGCGGGAGCGGUCGAAACUGACAAGUGUUUCAUCCAGAUGACAACCUUUUGCCUACUACUUAAUGAUGCUGCACAGGUGUGACCAGCCAUAGCUACAUGUAGAGGGAGUCAAUAUGGGAUCAGCGGUCGGCAAAUACUUAAUGGAACUGUUUGCCAAACCUGGUGAUGUCCAGACUUCGAGCAUAGCCAUUUUUAUACUGGGAUUGGUGGGUGUCACGGUCUGUUGUCUGCUGUUUAACCUGCGGAGUGUGUUCCACAAACCGCCGUCACAAAUCAAGAAAAAGCGAAGACGAUCCCUGGGCUCCUAUGUGAACCAUGUCUCCACGGUCUCCACGACCCAACACAUGAGAAACAGGGUUCACAGAAAGCCAUACAGUGAGAGUCACCCAUCCAGCCAACAAGUGACUGUAACAUGUCGAGAGGUGCCCCGAUACCAGCUGAGUAUCCUAUGUGUGAGCUGUGGCAGGGUACCGUCCAAGAAAGCUUGCAGAUACUCUCGUUGUGGAGAAUGCUGCCGGGCCAACAAGGCCUCGGUGUGCACAGCGCAUGGGACAGGAGGCUCAGCCGCACUGGGAAUCGUUGAGGGCGCUCUUGAUGAUAAGCCACAAGAAUUGGACCUCAGCUACAUGAAUCUGAAGCAGUGUCCGUCACGCAUCGGUUACGUCGGCACUCAGCUUGUCUGUCUCAAUCUCAUCAACAACCGACUGACGGAGCUACCUGAGGAAAUUGGUCUUCUCAGAGGAUUGGAGGAACUCUUCCUACAGUACAACUGCCUCAAGGAACUACCGGAUGCUGUUGGACAGUUUCACAAGCUCCAUGAGCUGGACUGUAAGAACAACCACCUACGCAAGUUGCCUCGUAGUCUGGGCAAUCUGAGCUCACUGUCCAUAUUCAAUGCCACCAACAACUUACUCCAAUCACUGCCGAGUGAGAUAGGGAACCUUGCCAGACUGGAGGAGCUCUGUCUACAUUCCAAUCAGCUGACUGAACUACCGGACUCAAUAUGUAACCUUUUGAACUUGACGGCUUUGUACCUGGGUGAAAACAGACUGACAAAGAUGCCAGCUGAUCUGGGCAAGUUGAUAAUGCUGACAGAGCUGGAUCUGUCGUCCUGUGAGCUGAUGGAACUACCAGACUCUCUGUCUAGAUGCACAUCUCUCAUCAAAGUCUGGCUGUCCAACAACAAGCUGCAAACCUUGCCAGACCAGUUGGGACGGCUUCACCAGCUGAAAGAGCUUCACGUCAGAAACAACUGCAUCCGAUACUUCCCGGCCUCUCUGUCAUAUCUACAACUCUACACAUUCAGUGCCAAUCAGAAUCCACUAUUGUAUGAGUGGGAUGGGCCAGCUAGGGCUAAGCUGACCAUCAGUCCAGACACCGAUGUUCCACCGUUAGUAGAGCUCGCAGCCAGGCAAGUCGCCCGGUGCAACGUGGCCUGGAUGGAUGGGGACUUACCAUCAGAGCUGGCAGCGCUGCUGAGGAGUCGCAAGCAGUGUUCCAGCUGCGAGGGGCCGUUCUUCCGGUUCUACCAGUCUGAAGUCGUCUUUGCCAACAUUGGUAUCUUCCACCGUGUGCCGCUGUACCAGCAGAUCUGUAGUCCAUUCAACAACAUGCACUGCCAACCUGUGGAUCUCACAUGAUGGUCAACUGUGCCUACGCUUUGAAUAAUCAUGUGCAAUAUGUUGAUUUUGUUGUGAAAUUCUUCAACUCUACCAGAUACUUACACUCAGAAUCUUGUUGUGUUCGUAAAA